GAGGCCUCCGGCAGCUACACGAUCGCAAGAUGGUGCUUGACUCUCCGGCCUAUCACCCGCCAUUGCAUCCGGGGGUUUUCCAGGCGGACCCACAACCCGGGAGAGGGGGGAAGAAGAAAGACAGCCCUCCAUGUGUCAGGGGGCACCCGGGCCCCUUCCUGUCCUCUCCUCCGCCUCCGGAGCCGGAUUCUUCGGGGCCUGGAAAGAGGACCAAGCAGCCGAAACUCCUCCGGGGCUUGGGAGGCCCCCCUGCCCUGCGUCCCUGCCUCGCCUUGCAGGGCCCUUGCAGCUGGAUGCACCGGAGCGAGAGCAGCUGCCUGGUGAACCAGAAGAACUGGGUGGGGAGCCGGAUCCGAAGCGCCUCAUCCCUCCCUCACCUUCCCAGGGCCAGAGCCGAGGAGGGGGCAUGCCGGGCCAGGAAGAGGAGCCCCUGUUUACUGGUGGCCCUACGGCCAGCCAACCUGGAGGCAGAGCGAGAGCGAUUCUUCCGGUCUUCGUUUUCCUACAACCCUCAGUUUGAAUACGGGGAGUCCGUCCCUGAAGCCGUGCUGGAAAAAUACCGAGAGGCCUCUGGGCAGUUCCUGGUGCAGGCUACUGGAAUAAUCAAUGCUGUCCUUCAAAAAUAUGGGACUUAUGAGAGCUUUGAGGCCUCCAAUGGUGGAAAGCUACUUACCAAAUGCCAAAUCUGGUCCAUCACCAGGAAGUAUAUGCAGAAGGAAGGCUGCUCUGGAGAGGUGGUGGUUCAGCUCACAGAAGACCUCCUUUCCCAGGCAGUCAUGAUGGUGGAAAACAGCCGCCCAACUUUAGCCAUCAACCUCUCUGGAGCGCGUCAGAACUGGCUGGAGGGCAUGCUGCGCCAUGAGAUAGGCACCCACUACAUCCGUGGAGUCAACAAUGCCUCCCAGCCCUGGCAUAGCUCAGAAGGCCGCAAGCGAUACAGCCUGAAGCCUGCCAACCCCACAGAGGAAGGGCUGGCCAGCUUGCACAGCGUCCUCUUCCGCAAGCAGCCUUUUCUCUGGAGGGCCGCCCUCCUCUAUUACACCGUCUGCCAGGCUGGGCACAUGUCCUUCUGUGAACUCUUCUGGGACUUGGGGCGCUACGUGCAGGAUGCCGGAGUGCGUUGGGAGUACUGCGUGCGAGCCAAGCGAGGCCAGGCCAACACCUCAUUGCCAGGCUGCUUCAGCAAAGACCAGGUGUACCUGGAAGGAAUCCUCCAGAUCCUUCGGCAUCGACGAACAAUUGAUUUCCGGUUGCUGGCUGCACUAGGGAAGGUCUCUUAUGAAGAUGUGGACCACCUGAAGAAAUACGGGGUGCUGGGGAAGGCGCGAAUCCCUCACUUCAUGCAGGACCUUGAACGGUAUAUGCAGCAGCUCAACCACAUAGUUGCCACCAAUUGUCUCAGUGAUGAGGAGCUGGAACUGCUGAUGCCAGAGUGAACUUGCUACCUGCCCCUCUGCCACCUCUGCACUUCUGCUGGACAGGCUGUGCUCUAACGAAGAUGCCUGAAGUCCCAAAGGAGAAUUUUGUUGGACUUCGGCCUGCUGAAAACAAACCAAUAGCUAUUGGUGUUCUAUUUAUUCUAUUUAUUGGGGGUGUGUGGUCUGACUGUGAAGUGAAGCAAUCAGAGCAAGGCCAGAUCUUUUGAGGGUCCCAAGAGAGAAUCCAGCUACCUCUCCUGGACGUUUACUCUUGGCCAGAGAUGCUCUUAAGCAGAUUGACAAAGAUCAAGGUCUGGAUUAUGCCUUUCUUCUGUGGACGGGUUAGUCUAGAUGGUUUGGAACCUGCUAAAAUAUCCUUAGGCAAUAUUUCCGGGGUUCUCCAAUUGAGCCAACUGAGAAUGAUCUCCAGAUGGCCAGAAAAGUUUUUAAAAUAUGCUGCUUAAGGGCAGGUGCAGAGGUUCUUCAGCAUGACUUUGGUAUUCCUUGCUCUCUAAUACUGUUUGAAAUUAUAUCUGUAACUGAGUGAACUUUCAAUCUGGUCUGGUUGUGCUUGACAAAGGCCAUAGGUGGCUAAAGGGAGCUUGGAAAGAUGCUGGUUCAAUUCUCAGUAAAUCACAGCAGAUCCCAAGAA